AUGGGCAAAUUCGGUACAUCAAAUAAGUCGACGGAGAACCUUCUGCGUGAUAAAUUCGUACCGGAAACUACGCCGACUAAUAUUCCCACUGAUAUCCUCAUCAAGCAGGGACUGAUAACGGAUUCCACCGAAUCACUAAUCCAUGGGGGCGCAGAAAGAUACAUUGUGAACGCCCUAAAGCCUAUAGAAGCAAACAAGACAGAAGACGUCUGUGAAGAUCCGCCGUUCCACCUCCCUUCCCCACCGUUGGAUCUGGCAAAUCUAGAGUACGAAAAAGUCACCGAUCUUUCGAAAAAUGACUUUCGAUAUGAUUUGAAUAACACAUCCCUUGAAAUAAUUGAAGAUUUAUACCACCAGAUUGAGGCCUUUUUGGUUCAUUUUAAACUAUCGAGAAGUUUUUUACUAAUCUUUAAAAAUUACGUCAGCAUUCUUAUCCAAGAAGGCUUCAACCCAUUACAUGAUGAGUAUUUUAGGAUACUAGAAGAUGAAUUAAAAGGGAUUUUCACGUUCAAUUCUGUUAUAGAAGAGAUCUUAGAAAUAUUCUUGAUACAUCCUCGCAACAAAUUCAUUGCACUAUCCCUUGCAGAAUAUACGUAUGCCAGGAACAAAAUCAGAAGACAUUUUAGUCAUUGGAAAACUGCCUGUGAGUUAAAUGAGGAGGCAAAUAAGUUUGCAGAGCAAGCAGUAAUGAAAAUAAAGGAAACUUUUUUUUAUAUUUGGUGUGACCGAAGAUCAAAGUACUCACAAAUGGCCAAUAAUGAAGCUGAAAGCUUUAGGAAUACAUGGCUAUUAUUUCGAUCGUUUCAGCAAUGGAUAGCGUUAACUCAAACUCUAAAGGAGCAAGCAAGAUUAGCUGAUCAAGCUUUUUUGAAUAAAAUGUUUAGAAGGAUUAUCAAGGCACAAGAGAAUUGGAAGCAUUUAGAAACGAUCAGCAUUGAAAGUAUAAAGCUUAUUUCUUUACGAUCAGUACUUCAUCUAUGGAAAUUAAAGCAUAGAGAAAUGAAUUAUGUUGGGUUAAAAAGAAGAGUUUUUGAAGGUAUGAAACAGAAAUUUAUAGAUUAUGAAUACAAGAAGAGUAUUUCGAAAGAGGUGAGAUCAUUAUCUCUACUAAGAACAUGCUUUUGUAGGUGGAAGAAGAAAAACACUGAGCGUGAAGAUAAACUUGCAGCACUUAAUGUGCUGGAGAAUAAAUUUAUCAAAAGAAAGUUUCUACGUAAAUUAAACUCGUUAUUUCAGUAUACUCAACAAGAAGCUGUUGUCAAGAGUAAGCUAGACCAGACACUUUUGAGAUGUGUUUUUGAAAAGAUGUGGCUGAAACGAUUCGAAGACCAUUUGCAUUUAUAUUCUAUUAUCAGUCUGAAAGAGACCAACCUUGUAAAGGAUAUUUUUCACUCUUGGAAGAAACUUCUAUAUACUGACCUCAAAGCCAGUGAUUAUUCGAGGACAAGUUUACUUAAGAACACACUUAGAAGUUGGAAGCUCAAAGUGAAGCUAAAGACUUCAGAACAGAAACGCAAGAUGAGAAUUAAAACAAGGGCGUACAGUACCUGGAGAAAAAGAAUACAGUAUGGGAGAAUAUCGAGUGAACAUAUUAGAAUUGCCUUUUAUGCAAAAUAUCUCGAUCUGUGGAAAAGAAAGAUGUUACAAUUGGAGUCUAAAGAUGACAAAGCAUCUAAUUUUUACGAGGAAGGCCUUAAACAUGAAUGUCUAGCCAUAUGGAAAGAGCGUUUGAUUAAGACUAAAGAAUUGGAGGACAGAUACAAUUUCUUAAGUAAAACACAUGCAAUUUUGAUUUUAAAACGAACACUAAUGCAUAUUGAUAAUAUCCAUUUGCUAUAUAAUGAACUAGCACCUUCUAUGGAGACAAUAAAACUCUCCAGGACCUUCUCAAAAUGGCAGAAGGCUACUAGUUUUAGGGUCAAAAAUAAACUAAAUGAUAUUUUACACACUUAUGAAUUGGAUAAAAAAGUUAAGCUUCAAAAAAAAAUAUUUAAUGCAUGGCAGAACAGAUAUCACUUUUACUCAGAAGUAUGCAAUACACAAGCAAUUUCGAUAAAAAAUAUUCAGCUUGAAAAAAUGGUGCUGAGAAAUUGCAGAGAUAAGUUAUUAGAAGUAAUAAAAUUAAAAGCACUAGCAGAUGAAGUUCGCGAAGAGUUUAUGUUAAUCAAGACAUUCUAUAUCUGGAAAACUCAUCUAGAUGAACUAUCCGACAUGAAUACAUUAUUGGAACAGUUGGAAGCCAAUAAACAAUUCAUAAUUACAUCUAAAUUCUUAAAAAUGUGGAGUCUUCGAUUUCUGAAAAUUAAACGUAAUGAUGAGACAGUCCAAGUGUUCCGUCAUCGCUGGGAUAGGGCUACCGUGAGAGGACUGUUACUACUGUGGAAAAAUCGUUCAGAUAGUUCACCAAAGAGGAUGAAGGACUCCGAUCUCAAACAUGAACUGAAAACUCCCAUAAGAUCAGGCUCGCUAAAUACCUCAACCAUACCAGGCUCAGAAAGAAUAAAGCAGCAUAGAAUGGAAGCCAUGAAAUCGCAUUAUAGCAGAGCAAGAAGAGCUAUACCAAGUCCGGUAAAAUCUUCUAGUGUUCUCGAUUCUACUGCUAAAAAGCAGAUCAAACUUGAAAGUACAACGGAAUUAAACGGAUCUCCAACACGAGCAAGACCUAUAAGAUACUCUCCUAGGCGUCCUAAUAGAAACCCACCAUCUAAAGUUGAUCAUAUUGACUUUGGAAGCAUACCCGCAGUACCUUUCAGUCUGAGCGCUGAUUCUCCUAGGGUCGAUCAAGACAUAGAUUAUUUAAGGGAGCAUGACAAAUCUCCAUUAAGUCGAAAACGUCAAUAG